CUCAUCUCAGCCUGCUUUCACUCGGUCUACUUUCAAAGAGGGAAAGGAUUUCUUUUUGCCACAGCACUAAUGCUUUUCACUGUCUACGAUUUAUAACAUUUUAGUUGAUCAUUCAAAGCCUUUAGAAAAAUGGCUCCGGGAGUUUCCAGUUGUCAUUAUCGUGAAGUUCCUCCUUCCAUCUCCUUCUCUGGAUCCGGAUUCAUGGCCACAUAUCAGAUAGGGGUUGCCCAGUGCUUCCUAAAUUCUGCACCCUGGAUUCUGCACUCGGCACCUUGUGUCCUGGGUGCAUCUGCGGGGUCUCUAGUAGCAGCUGCUGUCGUCUGUGAAAUGAGCCUGCUUACUAUUCGGGAUGAGAUGCUGUAUUUUGCCAAACAGAUGAAGGCGUUUCCACUCGGACCUCUUAACCCCAAGGUCAAAUUUUUCCACUGGUUAGAGUGUAUUUUACACAAACAUCUUCCUUCUGAUGCUCACAAACUGGCCACUGGGCGUCUUUCUGUGUCUAUGACGCGCCUGAGUGAUGCCAAGCAUAUUGUGACGUCCAAGUUCCAGUCCAAAGAGGAUGUAGUGCAGGCUUUGCUUUGCAGCUGCUUUGUGCCCGUGUACUGCGGUAUGCUGCCUCCAACCUUCAAAGGAGAAUACUAUGUGGACGGGGGUUUCAGCAGCAUGCAGCCAAUGCCGCCCGUGCCCUACAGUCAAACCUUGACGGUGUCUCCGUUCUCUGGAGAGACAGACAUCUGUCCCGCUGACACACCUUGCACGUGGGACAUGGUGGUGAGCGGCAGCACCUUGAAGGUCAACAAGGCUAACAGCUUCAGGAUCUUUAAUGCUCUCUACCCCAUGGCUUUAGACACUCUGGAACAGGCCUACCACAGUGGCUAUAAGGACGCCAUUCAUUUCCUUGUGAGCAAUGAUCUUGCCCCAUAUUUGAUGAUACACAAAGAGCCAGGGCCACUUAACUGUAGCGAAACUAAAACACGGAUGAAUCUGGAGAUCGUCACGGAGGAAGAGAAGGAGGUGAAGGUGGAAAAGGAGGCCGCUACGCUGACAUCUUUCAGACGCAUACAGACAUGCAGCUCUACGGACCAUGACUCGACGGGAAUUAAAGAACCUCCUCCUUUUGACACAGUAAAGAAUGUUCUGCUGGGCAACGUGGUGACUUAUCUGAGCAUGUUUGCACUCCCUGCGAGGAUCUUAUCCCACCUGCUCCUACCGCUCACGCUGUCGUUUUACGCACUACUCCAGAGCAGGGAGAGACUGCCGUUGUUUUUCAGCCAGGCGCCUGAGUGGCUGUUCUGGGCUUGGCAUGGCCUGAGACAUUUUACAUUAUUCUUUUACAAUGUAUGUGUCUGUACGCUUAAAAAGAACAUACAUGACAGGUUUAUGCCCACCAUCCUGCUGUUGCAGUGGCUGAUCACAUUACCACAUGAGGCUCCACUGAGGUACGCUUUGAGAGGAUGAGAUGAUGUCAGGCUUGGGAGUCUACAGAGAUGAUUCAUCAUUCCACCACGGUAUUGGAAGAAAACAAAAUUAGAGAACAUUUACAGAGAGAGCCACUGACUUGUUUUUUUAGUUCGCCAAGCAGAGAUGUAAACACUGUAUUCUUUGUAUAGCUGGUCACAUGUAUCUUGUAAAGUUAAGCCUUUAGAGUGCCAUUGAAGAGAGCAAUGAAAAGUCUUGAAGGUUGAGUUUAGUUUUAUGUAAAGAGCGCUUUAUUUUUUCUAAGCUGAUUCUAUUAUCUCAUAUGUAUCAGGAGUGAAGACCUCCACUAAGGCCUAGUUGUAUAAUUUUACAGUCAACAUUGUGCUGGAUUUGUGGUAGAAUAGUUGCAGUGCAUGAAGCUAACCAAAUACACGUCAAAUUAAAUUAAGUAUGUAUGACACUGUAUAGUUAUAUAUCAUAUUAUAUGACAGAAUGAGCAUAACUAAUGUUUAAUCUGAUGGUAACAUGGGGUGAAAAGUCAUGAAUGUGUAAAUAUUGCGUCAUCAGGAGAUAUGCUUGUUUGGAAAUUAAAUAAAAUACAUGUACAUAACAUCCUUGGUGGAGGUACAACUGCUGGCUUAGUUUAUGUUAUGCUGUACAACUACAGGAUUGUAAUCUUUUAAAUCUUCUAAUGAACAGAAUAAUCAACUUUGCAUAAUCUCUAAGUGUAUUACAGUCUACAAUGAUUUCUGCUCCCAACUGAAAUACUCACGGCUGACGCAAGAAUGGAUGGAAGUGGUUUAAUCAGCUGAUUUCGUGAAAGAUUAUU